UUUUUGGGUUGAUAUUUAUUUAACGAAACAAUAGAACAUUGCAGGAACUUCGUUUCUUGUUACAUUUUUAAUCAAAUAUUAAUUCUGAAGCAACGUUAAAAAAAAACGUUCUAAUUUUCAUGUAAAAUUUGUUUUCUGUGUUAAAAUCAAAUUUAUUGAAGUCACUGCGAACAUCAUCUGAUUGUCUUAUUAAUCGAAACAAUACACUCUGUUAUACUUAUGUAUGGCUUGCAUUUCACAAAAUACUACACAUGUUAACAACCUUGUAUGUAGUCUAAAAAAAUUUGUUCCUUUGUUUGGCUGCAUAUGAGAGAACAUUAAAUAAAUUUAGUUUAACUAUUCAAAAAAAUGGAGAAAAAUAGUGCAACUUUAGUGAAAAAGCUACAAUCGGAAUUAGAAGCCUAUCAAAACUUACAGAAAUCAUUUGGCAAACUAAUGAAACAGCGCACCAUUCUAGAAGGACAGUUGAAUGAAAACAAAAUCGUCUUCGAAGAAUUAAAACUGCUGGGUCCAGAAAAUAAGGUUUAUAAACUUUAUGGGCCGGCAUUGGUGAAACAAGAUUUAGAAGAGUCGCGUCAAAACGUGGGCAAACGAAUUGAAUACAUCUCGAAGGAACUUAAAAGAUUCAACGAAACGCUAGAAGGUUUAGAAAAAGAUAUGGUUAAACAUCGGGAAGCAGUACAAAAACUACAACAACAAUAUCAAGUUGUGGCAGCCAUGAAAUAAUGUAAAGUAAUAGAAGGAAAUGUUCAAUCCAUUUAUAGAAUCAUUUAAUUAAAAAUCUAUAAAGAACCUUGUCUAACCACAUAACCUCAAUAACUAAUAAUUGAAUAUGUUUUAAAAAAUUGUUUGUUACCUUUUGAGGAUUUCUUCAGUUGAUAGCAGAUAAGAAUCGCAAAAAGAUAUCCAAAAAUUUCACAUUCAGGUACAAAUAAUUUUUCGCAACAGUAAACAAAAUAUAUUUUAUGCGAUGGAAAGGGACAACAUAAAAAUAUCGAAAAAA